CGUUGCUCUCGUAGAGGCCUCACCAAGCGUAUUGCUUGACUCAAGGCAUGUGGCCGACAGUUUACUUCGUGAUUUCGAACCGGUCGAUUCGUAGACGAUUCCGAACGCUUCUUCGUGAACAAGAUGAAAUAACAGAAGAACAGUUCGAUCAUUAUGGGGGUACGCGUUAGGAGUAUCAAUGACAGUCUCAGGCUCGCGUCCACGACAAAAGGAGAAGUGUCGUGGUCAACGACAGAGGAGCCUUUUACUCCCGAAGAAGAGGACGCGAUAGUAACACUGGUGGUAAUCGUGAUCGGUAUCAUAGUAGCUAUAGUGGUACUGUUUUCGAUGGGAAUUUUCAUCGAUUGCAAACACCAAAAGAAGGCCGUUUUAAAGAAAAAGAAGUUGAAAUUGAAGAUGCCACCGUUACCUCGAACGAGGAUGAGCCAAAAGGAGGACGCGAAAUCUUUAGCAGCAGAUAUGUGCCCAACCGGUGCCAGUGACGCUGGCUUAAGGACGCGCGAUGCCAUAGUCUGACACCUUUUGCGAUACGUCCAUCUCCAACGCGAAUGAGAGCCACUGGUAAUCUUCGUCGAACUUCGUCGUCGGAUCGAGAGCAAACGAUUUUCGAGAUAAUGGUAGGUUAGAAUUUUCAAAAACGAACGAAAAGGAAUUUCGCGACACACCAGGACGACGUCGGUGUUCGCGUUGACUAAAUGUGGAUGGAGCAGGCUUAUCGUGCUUGGAGUGGGACGCGAAAAAAUUUUGCAAACGGUGCAUAGCAAUCGAAGAAGUUCAUUAAUCAUUCGACGUCAUCCGCAUAACUGUGAUUUACAUAUUUCUAUUUAUCUUUCGAUCGCAUCGAUCUCUUAUCGUGGCUGCUCUGCAAAGUUUUUCCUCGCGAGGAGGAAACGUAAGAAGAAAUUUCUUAAAGAACUUUGAAGCUGAUGAAACAUUAUACGUACAGUCUCAGUGAUCGCUCGAAUUACUAAAUACUAUUCGUUCGAUCGUCUAAUCUUGGAAUCGUAAAAUACGAAAAAAUGCGAAUUCGAAUCUAUACGAAGGUAUGUGCAGUGGCUCACGAAAAUAUUCGAACACUACAGACAUCUUUUACGAAUAUAAUAUCACGUGCGUUAUAUGAAACAUUUUGAAAUUUCAUUGGCGUCGUAAUGAUAUUCUGCUAUCGUGAUUAUAUCGAUGAAGUUUGAAAUAAAUCUGAUAGUAUAUACAAAAAUUACAAGAUAUUUUGUACAAGCAUUUACAGAGUUCACAAAGAUUGACAUAAAUUUGAAACAGACGAAUGUCCAUUAUAACGAUAGGCCUAAAUAUUUAAUUGGUUCCUUUUAACGCUUAUUAUAUGUUUAGGACUAUUCAUUAAGGCUACUCGUGUCGCAUAAUUUUUAAACAAACACAUGUUUACAGUAAAUAUCUUGACAGUUGAUAUGAUCCAGUUUGAUAUAAUCAUGACAAUUGUGACUCAUUACACUGAUAAUAAAAUUUCAAAAUCAUUAAUAUAAUACAUACGAUAUAAUAAUGAAAGCUGUCAAUCUAGGAUAAGCGUUAAACACUUUUGCAAAUCACUAAACAAUUUUGCAAAUCACUAUGCAAAUCACAUUUUACCGCCAAUCGAAUCAAACAGAGUUGAAUAAAAUUGUAUCGAAUAUGAAUGUUUAUAUUCGUAGGUUAUCGUCAAGCGCUCUCCUAAGGUCUAGUCAUUCAUUCGGCCUUGUAACAACACGGUAAUUUUGUCAAUGCUUCGUAAAUCGAUCAGCGAUUAAGAAAUUCGCCGAAAAUAUUGAUGUUAAUCGCGAAUACAUUCCCUUAUCAAAUAAUUGUACGAUACCUGUUUACGCCAGCGUACUCAAUAAAAAUUGUAUAUUACUUUUAGACCAGCUAUCUAUUUAUACGCAUAUUACGUGUACAUACAAAAGGAUAAAUGUAUAUAAAUCUAUUGUCAAAAAUAAAAGAUUUUAUUAUCUUGCA